GGUUUAAUGUUAUGCUGACGAUGUAAAAUAUUUUUUUUUGUAAUUACUACUAUUUUUUUUUUACUUUUUAAUUUUAAAAACAUAAUAUAAUUUAACAAUAUUUUGUUUUUUUUUUAAAAGAUAUCGAAUAUAAAAUAAAACAAUCUUAUUGGUUGGUGAACCUCUAGGGAGUGAACCUAAGAAUAAGUCGAAUUUUAAUACUCCAUGUAUUUAAAAAGGAUGUGUAUUUUGGAGUUUUAAACAUAUUAAAUGUUGAUAUAAAUGCAUGAUUUUAGUGAUUUAUUAUUUCCUACAAAUUUUACCAAUCAAAAUUCAAUAAACACAAUUAAUUUACUCUAAAUUUAUAAUUUACCAUUAUUACAUAAUAAAAUGAAAUGAAAAUGAAAUGAAAAUGUAAAAAAUAUAUCUUUUGAAGCAAUUUUUAAAACAUGGAUCAUUUUAAAACAGAGGGAAUAGUUAAUAUUGACUCAUUAACAUUAAAGUUCCGUGUUUAUCAGAUAGUUUAUCAAGCCCGGCUGUAUGCAUAUGCAUGGGGUGCAUUGCGAGUUUUUUUUUUUAAAAAAAUUCUAGCCUAGAUUGGAGUUUAAUUUUUAAAAAUUUAUAUUUUGUUUGAAUAAAUAAGUCCCAUUUUUCUUUAGCUUAGGGCCUAUUUUACUUUUGAGACAGGUUUUAUCCAGAUACAGUAUGCAAAUGUUCUAUAUAAAUAACAUGUUUAUAUAUUAUUACGUUUAGAGACUAUGCUCAGAUAUCCAAACGAACAACAUCUUAAACGUUCAGAACUGUUGGGAUAGGAAGGUAACUCAUAAUUUACAAAUAUUCAUAUUUUAAAACCAGGAAAACAAAAUAAAAGGCAAAACGAGACAUAUUUGGUGGCAUAUACUCCAUGUCCCUAUAUAGGCAUGGACAUUUUACCCGAACUGAUUCAUAAAAAUUAGUCCAGAUCAGGUGUAUGGAUAAUGUCAUUUUAUUUCAUGGGGUCUUAUUAUGGAAGAUUUGGAGGUUUUAGAUCCAAACCGAACCGAACCCUAGAUCUGAUCGGUUAACAAUGGACUCGAAUUUUAAUAAUCCUAGCCUAAUAUUUAUUGUAAAAAGUGAAUUUUUCAGGUGUAAAUUCAUGUAUAUGAUAAAAUGGACCGGGCUAUAUUCGAAAUUUAUAAAACUUACCCGAAAAUUACAAAGAAAUUGACCCAGAAAGUAUCCACAAGACCCAAAAACUGAACCGAGACUAUUUGUAUCCGAAUAUAGAGGUUUUUUACAUGUAUAAACUUGUUUACCUUAAACGAUCCAAACUCAACUUGAAACUGAACCAAAACUUUCCAAAUACCUAGUUGAAUUUGAAUGUUAAGGACCCGGACCCAACUCGAAUGCCCAUGCAUAUCCCUAUAGGCUUUGGUCUUUUAAAUUUACAACUUUCUUUUGAAACACAAGUGGAUAUGUCAGGUAUAUGUACUAAGUAUUAUUUUACAACUACGAUAAGAAACUAGAUUUAGUUUAUACUUCUGUAUAAAAUGAAUGAUGAAGACUAAGACAGUUAGACAAACACUACUCAAAUUGUUGUCUCGUUACGAAGUGCAAAUCAGUCAUUACGUUAAUCGCAAGGCACUGAAGUCUGAAGAUGUGAUUCGUAUAAAUCACAAACACAUGUGUGGCCAUCGUUAAGCGUUUGCUUUAAUCGCACCUACAAGCUUAAGACUAAACUAUUUUCUUUAAGUAUUAUUUUACAACUACGAUAAGAAACUAGAUUUAGUUUAUACUUCUGUAUAAAAUGAAUGAUGAAGACUAAGACAGUUAGGCAAACACUACUCAAAUUGUUGUCUCGUUACGAAGUGCAAAUCAGUCAUUACGUUAAUCGCAAGGCACUGAAGUCUGAAGAUGUGAUUCGUAUAAAUCACAAACACAUGUGUGGCCAUCGUUAAGCGUUUGCUUUAAUCGCACCUACAAGCUUAAGACUAAACUAUUUUCUUUACGUGUGGUGCUUGACCUGUAAACAGCUUAGUUCUUGACUUUUUGAUGGUUCGAGUUACAUUUCUUCAGCGCCCGGUCAUGGUUCAGCAUUGCGCCUACGCUGUCAACCACGAGAACGAUCUGUAAAAUCGUAAAACCCCAACAUCCUUUAAUCAAGAACUGAUAAUAUCAUCCCAAUGGAUCAUAUCAAAUAGUGAUCUCCAUGAAUGUAAACUCCCAGUCACUAUUAUAGUACUGAAUCUCUAAAUUCAUUCAGGCCAAUAUUUUACCUGAAAGCAUGCAUAGCCAAUCGCGUUUCCGAAGUGGAAAUUGGCAUUACCGGUCCCCUGAAAUGAAGAAUAAAAAUAGUAAGGUUUUGAAUUCAAAAGCUGUUUGUUCUCAACUUGAUAGCACACAACGAUUUUUAAUAGAUUUCAUUAAAGAGCAAAAAAUAUAAAUUUAAUGGGUUACUUACUCUAGAUUUUGGGAGGAGAAAGGGGUUUAGGGUUUAGAAUUAGAGUAUAUAAUUUUAAAUUUUAAUUUUAAAAAUAUUUAUUUUUACAAAAUGUAUUAUUUAUUAAGAAUAGUUUAGUCUUUUAUUCUUUAGUGAAACAUAUUAUCAUUAAUCAAAUUCUUCCUUAUGUGAUAUUAAUUUUAUUGACAAAAAUUGUUUAAAAGUAUUUUUGUAGAUUUGCCUGAAGAUAAAUUAUACCCUCUCUUUCUAAGUUUGAAUAAGGAUAACUCUUACUGGUUCAUCAAUGGCGAGUAGUUCUUCUUUCUUGUUGAAGUAAUUCAACACCGAUUAAAUACACACACUCAUGAUGAUCAUGUACUUUGUUACUUUUUUUUUUAACGCUGCAUAAUUAUGCUAUUACAACUAUGAGAAAUAUUACAGACGAUUCUAUAGCCGACAAUUCUGCAUGUCGUACGAGGAUUUACGCUUGACUGCAUCACCUGAGCCGCCCUAUAAAAUCCAUACUUGACGGUACUCCUUGCGCCAUGCUGCAGAUCUGUUGUAAGUUUUUUGUCGUUUGAUUCACAUAAUUCCGCCUUCUCUAAUAAUUGAAACUCAGACUUCUUGAUGUAAAAGCAUUAAUGAACCAUUGGUCAAACCACUGAACCAGAAGAUUUCCACUACUUUAUUACUUUUUAAAUUCAUUUUUAGUUUUCUAUGUACUUUGUUUAAGACAACAAAAUUGAAAACUGAAAAUUGCAUAUUAUAGGAUCAAGAGUUUUUACAAGAUCGGCUAUGAGCGUAGGUCUAUAUUUUCCAGAUUUUUAAAAAAUUAAUGUACAGAUUUUUUUUUUGUAAAUUGUAAGAAGUUGUUGAGAUUUACACUAAAAUGUUUAGAAAUCCUUCUCAGGGUCAGUUCUUUAUUUUAUAAAUGUUUACGGUAAAAGAAAGAAUAAUUUUUUUUUUUUGAUAAAUAUAUCUAUUUUCUUAAGACGUAAGUGAAGACAUAUAUUUGAUGACAUGCCUUUUUUUUCUUUUGAGCAACCUUUGAUGACAUGUCUAAUUUUUUUUAUGUCUAUCAAAUGAUUUUUUUAUGGGAACGUGUUUUUUUAUCCUAUCAAAUUAAAUUAAUAAUGCCUUGUCGACAAAAAGAGUAAACUAUGAAUAGUAAUGCUUUUUUUUUGUUGUGUAUGUAAAAGUCGUUUUGUUUUUGGCUUUCCCAAUGAGACCACUUCAUUGAUAUGUCCGUACACACCCAACACUUUCCAACCUCCCCCCAACGGUCAUAUUUCUCCGACAAUUGACAAAACGGUCACUAAACCUUCAACGAAAUCUACACCGUUCGAUUAUGUGGAUCCAACGGCGCAUAAACAUCCAGAGUGCCUCGUACAACACUCACUCUUCCCAACACUGAAAAAAAACAAUCUACUUUGAAAAGGAAAAGUGACAACUUCAAUUUUCGAAGACCCAAGGAAGAAAACAAACUAAAAAAGUCGGUGAAGAAUGGUAUUUGUAGAACAACCCUGUAUAGUAGUACAUUCUGUAGAGUGUUAGAGAGAGAUAAACAAAAGUGAGUGAGUGAGAGAGAGAGAGAAACAGAGGGAGAAACAAAGGAACGAUCUUUGAGAUAUAACUUCGAGCAGUUGCAGUGGUCUCUGAGUGAAUUUCUGAUCUGGGGAUUUUGGCAAACCGGAAUGGAGAACCGGGUUUACAACAACUUUCGAGUCUGCUCAUCAACCGAGGAGAUCUUCUUCUUCCUCAAGAGCAUCCUCUGUUCAUGAUGAUGUGAAUUCGUUGGUCGUUAUUAUCAUCAGUACAAUUUUAGAUUUUGUUUGUGAAAGGAAUCCGAUGAUUGUUUUUAAUGGUAGAUUGAUUUGAUAAAAAGUUUAUUAGAUUAGUUACAUUCUUUCAUUCUUUUAAUUGAAUAUACAUUUAGGGUGGGGAUUCAUUUCAUUUUUUUUUCUAUUUCUUUCACCCAACACAGCAUAUUAAGUCACAAAAAAAAACAUUCUUUCAUUUGAUUUCACAAAAAUUCAUUAUUCAUCUUCAUUUAGGACUAUUGAUUAUAUUUCAUUUCCCAUCGGAUUCCAUUUUUUUCAUCAAUUGUUGUUUGUGCAAACACACACACACUUAGAUAUUUGGGUGGGUUAGAAUUUUGUAGAGGAUGUUGGCAGGUUGUUCAAGUUCAUCAUUGUUGUCACCGACCCGAAGACUAAGGAGUGAAGCAGUAGCAGCAACAGUUUCAGUACAUUUUCCCAUGAACACACAGAGACUGGACUUACCCUGCAGCAGUAGCUUCUCCCGCAAGGAACCGAUUGAGCGCAAGAGCGGUGGAUGUUCCCUUAAGCAAAGCAUAAAGCUUCCACCUUUGGCAACAACAAGAGGAAACACAGAAGGGUUUUCAUGGAACAACGACAACAACAUAGUGAAGAAGAAGAAGAGUUUGAAGAGAUUUGCGGAGGAGAACAAGGUGGACAAGUCUUGUCUGAGCAGAGUGAAGAGGCAAAGAGGCGGAGAUGAUGAUCACAACAGGGGUUUCUGGUUUGAGCAUCUCACCGCGCAGAACUCAUCUCAAGCAUUACCCUUUUCCUUGACAUGUUCAAGUGAUGACUAUGAAGAAAAGGUUUGGUUUGCACCCAGCGAAGUGAUCUCUCAGCCUUUACAGAGUAAUAAUCCAAACUGGGCUAACUCGGUGAUAACCACCGAGUUAGCUGGUUUAGGCGAUAAGGACAUUGAGAGUAGUAGCCGUCCUGCAGCAGUUAAAGAAGCUUCAGGAUCAUCAACAAGCGCAUCAUCAGACAGUCGACACAGAGUACCAGAACCCACAAAUGGUUCACGGAAUCAAUAUUCACACAGAGGAGGCAACACGGAGGAAAGGACCAUCAACAACAAUCACAUGAACGACUCGCAGCGAGAUUUCGAGCUUGUGAAUCUGCUCACUGGAUGCUUAGAAGCAAUCAGAACAAGAAACAUAGCAGCCAUAAACCAUCUCAUUGCAAGAACAGGUGAACUUGCUUCUCCUAGAGGAACAACACCAAUGACUCGUCUCAUAUCUUACUACAUCGAAGCUCUCGCUCUAAGAGUCUCACGUAUGUGGCCUCACAUCUUCCACAUCGCACCGCCUCGCGAGUUCGAGAGAACCCUCGAGGACGACGACGCAUGGAGGUUCUUGAACCAAGCGACACCGAUACCAAAGUUCAUUCACUACACAGCGAACGAGAUGUUACUCAGAGCGUUUGAAGGGAAAGAGAGAGUUCACAUCAUCGACUUCGACAUCAAGCAAGGCUUACAAUGGCCGAGCUUCUUCCAAAGCCUAGCUUCAAGGUCAAACCCGCCGCGCCACGUGCGCAUCACGGGCGUCGGAGAAUCAAAACACGAGCUCAACGAGACGGGAGACCGCCUCCGCGGGUUCGCGGAGGCGAUGAAUCUCCCGUUCGAGUUCCAUCCCGUCGUUGAUAGACUCGAGGACGUUAGGCUGUGGAUGCUUCACGUCAAGGAAGGUGAAGCCGUCGCUGUCAACUGCGUCAUGCAGAUUCACAAGACGCUUUACGACGGAGCCGCGUUUAGAAACUUCGUGGGUUUGGUCAGAAGCACGAACCCAGUCGCUGUCGUUAUAGCGGAACAGGAAGCGGAACACGACUCGGCGCAGCUGGAGACGCGUGUGUGUAACUCGCUUAAGUACUACUCGGCGGUUUUUGACGUGAUGCACACGCAUCUCGGUGCGGAUAGCUUGAUGAGAGUGAAGAUCGAGGAGGUUUUGUUCGGGAGAGAGAUCAGGAACAUUGUAGCGUGGGAAGGAAGUCAUCGGCAAGAAAGGCAUGUGGGGUUUGGGCAGUGGAGGAGGAUGAUGGAGCAGUUAGGGUUCAGGAGUCUUGGAGUCUCGGAGAGAGAGGUUUUGCAGAGCAAGAUGCUGCUUAGGAUGUAUGGAGACGGUGAUGAGGGAUUCUUCAAUGUGGAGAGGAGCGCUGAAGAGGGUGACGGCGGAGGAGUCACGUUACGGUGGUUGGAACAGCCGCUUUACACAAUCUCGGCUUGGGGAAUUGGGGGAAGUUCUUCGUUUUGAGAUAAAAUGGUUUUUUUAUUUAUUAAGAUAGUAAGGAACAAAAAAAAAUUGAUUUUAUUCUUUCAUUCUUUUUGCUUGGGUAGGAAUUUUUUUUUCUUUAUGUGAAAACUUGAAGUGUUAGAAGAAAUAUUUUGUACUAGUUUGAAUUUUUAAUAUCUUUUUUUUUAUCAAUAACAAAGGUGGAGUUAUUUUAUAAGCCUA